AUAGAAUAUGCAAUUGCCCUUGAACCUCAUCGCGCCUUCUGCACGAGGUCUGCCACUGCCUCGUCUGUCUGCGUUUGUGGAUGUCGAGGAAGGAAUUGCUGACUCCAUUAGGACCUCGGGAUGCCGUACUUCUCCGCCCUAAACACCAUGGCAGACGCGCAAGGCGCACCUGCUUUCUUAACGCUUCCGCUUCGCGCUGUGGUCGGCCGUGAAGACACUGCCAGUGCUGCUCGGGAUGCCGUGCCGCAGAACGCUAUCAUGGGGGGUGCUAAUGAUCCCACCGCCGAUGAAGACACCAUCGCUAGCUAUCGUCGGUUCCAUGCGGAGCGAUCUGCAAGGCUCGCGUCUAAAAACCGUCGUAAGCGCUACCUCGAAGUCCACCCUGAAUACUUUGACGACCCAGCCCUUGAGUUCGCCGACCCCGUCCUCUACGACCGCUGGAUUCGACGCUUCAAGACCACGGCCGAGCGCGAAGCCGAAGGUCGUGCUAAGGGAAUGACGGGCCUUCUUCAGGUUCACGCGGCCCACCAAGAGGCGGCCCACCACCCGAACCCGUACUCACUAUUCUCUCAUACCCGUGGCCCGAAUGGAGACGUCCUUCCUGAAGAUAAAGAGGACGCCCCGGACUCUAAGGAAGAAGGUAGAAGGAUGUGGGAGGAUGAGAUGACGCAGCGCUUCCUUAUGGGCAACGACACGGAUUUCGACUACAACAAGGUCGAUAGCAACCCUGACUACAAUGACCCUGAGGAGGAGCGAGAUAGAGAAGAGGCCUACUUCAUGGGCUCUGACGAAGACAUGGACGACCAAGAUAGUUCCCAGAACCCAUCCGCUGACACCGGCAUCCAGGACUACUGACCCUGAAUGGAGCCAGCCGAUCCCGGCAGAUGUGUUGCAUCUUCAUCAUCUGUACAACAGAAGCUUCCCAACUUGAAAUCCAAGACAGAAGGACUACAAGCUUACCAGCUCCUUACAGGAAGUACCUGAAGGUCAAAGCUCUGUCGCC